UCCGGUUCGGGACACAGUUGAAGCAACGACAGGACGGAUAGUCGUUUUUGAGAUGACAAGGCAUGGCAAGAACUGCACUGCAGGGGCUGUCUACACCUACCACGAAAAGAAGAAGGACACAGCGGCCUCAGGCUAUGGGACCCAGAACAUUCGACUGAGCCGGGAUGCUGUGAAGGACUUUGACUGCUGCUGUCUCUCUCUGCAGCCCUGCCAUGACCCUGUGGUCACCCCAGACGGCUACCUGUAUGAAAGGGAGGCAAUCCUGGAGUACAUCCUACACCAGAAGAGAGAGAUUGCCCGGCAGAUGAAGGCCUAUGAGAAGCAGCGAGGAGCCCGGAGAGAAGAGCAGAAAGAGCUGCAGCGAGCUGCAGCACAGGACCAAGUUCGAGGCUUCCUGGAGAAGGAGUCAGCCAUUGUGAGCCGGCCCCUCAACCCCUUCAUGCCCAAGGCUGCCACCUUGCCCAACACAGAUGGUGAACAGCCAGGGCCCAGUGUGGGUCCCCUAGGCAAGGACAAGGACAAAGCACUACCCAGCUUCUGGAUUCCCUCACUAACGCCCGAGGCAAAGGCCACCAAGCUGGAAAAGCCGUCCCGCACGGUGACCUGCCCGAUGUCUGGGAAGCCACUGCGCAUGUCGGACCUGACGUCAGUGCGCUUCACACAGCUGGACGACUCUGUGGACCGAGUGGGGCUCAUCACGCGCAGUGAGCGCUACGUGUGCGCAGUGACCCGAGACAGCCUGAGCAACGCCACGCCGUGUGCGGUGCUGCGGCCCUCCGGGGCUGUGGUCACCCUGGAGUGUGUGGAGAAACUGAUCCGGAAGGACAUGGUGGACCCCGUGAACGGAGAUACGCUGACGGAGCGGGACAUCAUCGUGCUGCAGCGGGGUGGCACAGGCUUUGCAGGCUCCGGAGUGAAGCUACAGGCAGAAAUGUCCCGGCCAGUGAUGCAGGCCUGAGCCGUGACCUAAUAAACUUGGACGUGAACAGGCUGGAUGUGUGGCCCUUCAUUGUAGGCAGGGGCUACAGAAAGAGUGGACCCAAGGUGUGGCAUCCACUCAGGAUCUCUAAGCUCCUGGAGGUUUACUCAGUCACUCAUGAGCGUGCAGAAACCCUGGCAGCAUGAACCUGUCAGUCUCCCCUGCCUCAGUCAGGACCUGGAAGAAGGCGCCCUGUCCAGGAAGUACAGGCCUCAGGAUAACACUCCCAGGCCUGCUGCCUGCGAGACCCCAUAGACCUUUCCCCACCAUGCGCCCUUCCCCCAAGGAUCCCCUGCAGACCCGGUACACACCGCACACUACUCCGCGUGCACACUUAGCUUCUUCACCUCUUUCCCUCAACGCCCAGAGUGUCUCUCAAGAGCUAGCUUCCCUGAGGAUGGACAGCUUUCCUCCGUGCCUCCCCAAACCCGAAACCUGUUCACAAGCAACACAGAACACCCUC